UGUAUUAAAGUGUUUAUAAAGGAAUAAGUCAAUUUUUAAAAAGUGAAUUGUGAAAAACAAGAUAUGACAUAUGGCGCAGUCGGUAGGAUUCCAACUGGCAGCGGUAGAUUCCAAUCCUUCAAGGAAACAAAGAACCGAGUCUUUCAAGGAAACAAAGAACCGAGUCCUUCAAGGAAACGAAGAACUGAGCCCUUCAAGGAACAAAGAACCGAGCCCUUCGAGGAAAAGCAAAACCAAGAGAACCCGAUGAGUCAUCACUUGAAGAAAACCACGGAAGGAACACCUAGUGAAGCCCCUGGUGGAAAACUUCGAGAACAAGACGAAUCACCCAUGAAACAAAUACUGUCAACUGAGAAGAGUGAGAACCUGUCAAAUGGUGAAGAACUGUAUGCAGCGGAAAAAGAAUAGAUUGUGCGCCUUUGUGAGGAGUAAUCCACCCCAAGGCUGAAAUAUGAUGGUACACUUUCGAAAAUUAGUCUGUGAAUACCUUUGUCGGGUGAGUAAACAGCACAAAUAUAUGGCUUGGAAAGUAGGUAACCGGUAGUCACCUAGGCUAGAUAAUAGAACUCUGGAAUAGUACCUGUGAGUCAUAUUAUGGAAUAUGCUUUACGGCAGACCCAAUGAUACACUGACGAAAUUUCAGUUGAUUGAUCGAUAUUGAGGAUUCCUACGUUAAUGGACACAGUAACCUUAGUAUAGUAUGGCAUCUGCAAGUCGACUAUACCUGUGGACACAUUAGAUUCAGCAAUGCAGAACUUUUCCACGUAUAACUGACCGGCUCAGGGGCAGCUUCUUUCCACUCCCGAUGCAAAUUCAGCUCAGGCUGUUCAGAAAGUUGGUGCAAGAUGUAUUCAUGAGAUAUACUGCUAUUGAGAAGGCGAUAAGUCGUUUACCGACUGUUAACAGGAUCAAAAGAACUGAAGAACUUUUGCUCUUGAGACAAUGUUGCAAUGAGGACAGUUGGGUUCAUUUUGUUGAAGUUUACCUCUUGUGUAGACUCAGGGUCAUUUUUUUUGCCUACCAUGGUACAUAAAAGGUCCAAGCAGUAGCUAGGAGAAAUGUCAUUAUGGAAAAAACCCGUAUCAUUGUGGAAAAGCUUUCUAUGGCGACAAGGCA